GGGCAGGAGAGACGACGGGGAAACGUGGCCUGGAGAGGCGGAGUUGAUGAGAGGGAGGACGGCAAAUGCAAGGAGGCAGAGAGGGACUGGGCAAGGGGCAGGCGGACAUCGACGCAAGUGGCAGAGGAGCUGGGCGGGGGGAAGGAGAAAGGAAGAGGAGCAGGUGGCCGGUGGGCACCUGGGGCCCCAGGGCCAGGGCGCCUGCAGAAAGGGGAGCCCGGAGAUCCCAGCACCCGGGACAGCGGCCCCUGGACCAGCGGGGCCAGAAAACCUCUCGCCCAUCCUCUCCUUCUCCCCCCACCCCCCCUCCCCGAGAUGGCCAGCGGCUCCCGAUGGCGGACAUCGGCCAGCACUACGUCCCCUCCCCUGGGGCCCAGAGGCUCGGAACAGCAAGGCGGCAGCCAAGACGGUGUGGGAAGCAGCUGGGGGAGCUCCGUCACGGUACGGAAGAAGGCCCUUUGCAGUAACAGCCUGCUAGAGUCAACCGACUAUUGGCUUCAGAAUCAGAGGACGCCCUGCCAAAUUGGAUUUGUGGAAGAAAAGGCAGAACAUUGUGCCUCUGUUUGCUUCGUGAACCUCGAUGCAAACCCAGAAAGCAGCAGCAGUGAUCUUGCUCAUCAGAAACUCGUCAGUGUGUCACCGGAUCUUCCGAAGCUCAUCAGCUCUGGGAACAUCCAACAACCGAAAGAAAAUGAAAUCGUCCUCCUGAGUGGGUUACCAUCAUCGAGAAAUCUUCAGGCUGACCUUGAAGUCUCCCAGUGUCCUUGGGCUCCAGAGAUAUGUCUGGUCCAGUGUGCCAGGGGAAACAAGCCAAACAGUACCGAAUGCAUCGUCUUCGAAAUCAAUAAAUUCCUCCUCGGGCUGCAGUUGGGGCUGGAGCAAUGGCUGCUUCUGGAACCAAACACUGAGAAAUCGGAGGAUAACACGGCCUGCUCUGAGGACACGGCCUGCUCUGAGGCAUCCCGAGAAGAAGAAGAAGAAGAAGAAGAAGACGACUUUUUCACUGCAUAUGAGUACCUGGAAGACGAGAGUGAGGUGGACGAGUAUAAGGAUGGGCAGGAGGAUCUGAGUGUAUCGGGGACACUUCCAGAAAGCAAAGAACCAAAGGAGGAUGGACCAGAAGAGCAAAAUUGGACAAUGGGCAAAUUUCCCCCUGUUUCCAAAGAACUCUCUAUGAGCACAGAGCUCUUAAAUCCCUCUCGGGCCCCGGGCCAUUUAGAAGAAAGCCUGAAUCAGGGAACAGAAGCAUUUUCUUUGCCAGUUACGACUCCGAUUGUGUUGUCUGGGCAGCAGGAAGGGGCUGGGGGGCCAGAUCCCAGUCAUACUUUGGGAGAAAUGUUGAAAGGGCAAGUGGAAAAUCCUUUCCCCAUGAAUACUCCUGAAGAUGAUGUAAGCAGACGGGUGAAGGGAGAGCUAAAUUUGGUUAGUGCCACCACUCCCGAACCAGGAAGCAAACCGGUCUCUGGAUCCCGUGAGGGUGAGCAAAAGCCUCUCGCUCUCCUGCACGAGGAAGACGGUGGGAAGUCCGCCCCGGAUGUGGGUGAUUCUGUGCUUCAGGAGACAUCUAUCAGUGUCUCCCCAUCUUGGUCUUCACCCACUAAAGAGGCUCCUUCCGGGAGGUACGUGGGAAACUCCUUGAUUCCAGACAGCUGCACCACGGAAGUUUCUCGACCGUGGCACGACCUGCCCAAAAUUGUCAUCGUUCAGAGUCCCGAUAGCAGCGAAACAACCUUUGAGGAUCUGGGGACGAACUGUCCCACCCUCCGUAAGUGGCCUGAACCCGAAGCUUCUGCUGGAAUUCCCUCCCCCGACCUCAGAGAGGAUGCCGCCGCCUCCAGGCCCCAACUUGCAGAAGGAGCCGUCCCUCAUGAGGUACCUCUAACUGAAGCCAUUUCAAGCCCUUCGGCUACAGGACGGUUCUGGACGGAGCAAGAAGCCCCAGUAGCUCAUGGCGAAAUGGCGGAUGGCGAAGCGUCUCAGGAAGUCAAGGCAUCCCAAGCGACGGAAUAUUCCUUUCCCUCCGCUCUGCGUGGCGUGGCUCAAGUGGCGAGCGCCGUAGCGGUCUGCGGUCUUGGGGAAGGGAGGGAGAGUAGGUUUCCGGCAGCCGCAGCUGACUUUCGGCCUCCAGCCUGGGUCCCAGCCGCUGUGAACCUGCCCUGGAGCGCGGUUCUGGCCAGCGGCGUGGGGGGUCUGAACGGAGGCAUCGCGGAGGCGUUGCUCAAGGAGGCCUUUGCCGUCCUGGCCAGGCCCAAAGCCUACCACACGGUCGGGGACUUCCUGGAAUCGGUGAACGGGAGAAUCAUCGAAGCGGCCUCGAGGCCUCGGGGGGGCCGCUUGGAGAACGUCUACGGAGACAAGCUGGCCCAGAACUUGUCCAGUGUGAUUCUGGAACGUUCUUUGGAAGAAGUGAACCAGAAGAUGAAAACGAGGAACACCGAGGCCGAAGGGAAUGUAGGCUUAAGCCCUCAUGAUCUUUUUCUGGACAUGGUGAAUAAACUGCUUUUUGAGGUGAUUUAUUUCACCAUCCAGCAGAUGGGUGACGUGGCCCAGUUUAGCGAGCAUUCCCUCCUCUUUUCAAAGAGCGCCAGCAGGUGGGAAGAGGUUGGAGUAGACGGUCAGUCCCUGGAAAACACGUCUGGGCUCGCUGUCCAUCCAACAGCACCAGCCCAUUCCAGCUCCAGCUCAGUUAGCAACGCACCCAACGCUAAACCCGGUGAUGGUCUCGGAGAGGCCGUGCUCCCCGAAAAGGAGAGGGACAUCAAAGGGGAGGUGAUUCCGGACACUGCAGGGAGUCCUGCACUUCCAACGGAACUGACCUGUGAGAAUGGCCAUCUGUUGGUUGCAAAAUUGUCCCCCAAGAAAAAAUCUCUCUACCAGAACCCCAGGCUCAGCAAGGAUGAAUUUGUGGAGAGAGAAAGCCCCUUUUCCGACAGCGAAUGGCGACACAGCCCUCGAGAACUGACGUGCGCCGGUGACAACGGCCGCUCGGACGUCCCCGAGAAAUGCCAGGCCGACACCCUUAUGAACCACGAAGUGCAAGACCUGAGGCCUUUUUCGGGGAGCGGCCAGCCACUCUCUUCUCAAGCUGCAUGUCCGGGGAAACCAUGGACAGCUAAAUACUGGGUCACUGACUUUGCCGAAGAAUUAGCUGAAACGGUUGUCUCUAUGGCAACGGAAAUAGCUGCAAUCUGCCUGGACAACGCAAACGGCAAGCAGCCCUGGUUUUGCGCAUGGAAAAGAGGAAACGAAUAUCUGGUGACCCAAAGCUUAUCCUGCUGCUCCAGUCAGAGGAAGACGGACAGCCAGGCCGGCGGGACAGUACUGAAGAAGCACAGGCCCCCCAGGCUCCGGGAGAUCAAGAGGAAAACGGACGAGCACCCUGAACUGAAGGAAAGGCUGAUGAACAGAGUGGUGGAUGACUCCGUCAGCCUCGAUGAGGCUCCAGACUCCGUCAGCGGCUCGGGCAACGAAGUGGCUGCCAAGACGAUGCACUUGGCCGAACUGACCUUGGCGGACGGCGCCUGGCCCGGCCAGAGUUAUUCCAGAAACAGGUCACCGUGGGACAGAUGGAACCGGGUGAAAGCGCCGAGUUGCGAAAGCAUCGCCGAGGAGGCCCCCGGCGCCUCCACCCUAGGCCUGAUGGGCGGCUCCAGCCAGCCUGGGAGUAGGGCGAGCUCCGUCUCCAAGCAAUCCAGCUGUGAGAGCAUCACGGAGGAGUUUUCUCGCUUUAUGGUGAACCAGAUGGAAAGCGAAGGCAGGGGGCUGGACCUGCUGUUGGAUUACUACGCAGGGAAGAGCGCGGGCAGCAUCUUAGCCGCCGCCGUCCAGCAGGCGUCCCAGAACAACGGCCACCUCAGCGUGAAACCCAGCUGCCCCUCCAAGCAGUCGAGCACGGAGAGCAUCACGGAGGAGUUUUACAGGUACAUGCUCAGGGACGUGGAGAGAGACGGCAGAGGCGGCUCGUCCUCGGCCAGGAGCCCCUGGGAGGGCAGCAGCGGUCUGCUGAUGCCUUCUCCGCGCUCCUCUCUGUGUUACCGCCAGUUCUCCAUGCCCGACGGGAGGCCGCCGGGCCCCAGGUUGACGGUGAGCGUCCCCCUCAAGGCCAACUCUUUGGACGACUUUGCCCAGGGCAGGCCUCAGGAUCUCUUAAGCGUACAGCCGGUCGGGAACGUACCUCCGAGCCUCUGCAAGUCGGACUCCUGCCUGUACCGACGACACCGGGCCGACCGCAUCACCGACAUGUUGAUUCACGAAACGUGGGCCAACUCCAUCGAGGCGCUGAUGCGGAAGAACAAAAUCCUCGUGGAGAGCGGUGAAGGGACGGGCGGCGAGCCGGUGUCUCGAGGGUCUCUGUGCCACACGGGGCGGUCGGUGGACGGUGAGGGAACCCGGAGGGACCGCCCGGCUCCAGAACCCAAGGGAGAGGGCGGGCCUGGUCCAUCCCCGACUCGGAGCGAGUCUGCCCCUGUCAUGGAGGAAACGCCUUCGGAAUUCCGAAAAGAGCGUUUCACAGGCCAGGGCAUCUCCCCGCUCCGACACUCGAGCACGUCCUCGUGCUCCAUGGAAGUGCCUUUGAUUCACAUCGAGAUGGACCAAAAGGAAGAAUGGAUUGAACGGCUCGAGCCCUUCGUUUCUGAAAAUCCCUCCUCUAGGACAUUACAGGAACGUCUGGACAAAGAGAAAGCCAUAGGAAUGGUUACUGAAAAAAGCUUGCCUCCAACCAGCGGCCUUGAUGCCAAAGCUGCACCCGAACCUGACAUCCCAGUGAAAGCCGGACCCCCUGAAGAGUUGCCUAACCUUCUCAGCAGCGCUGAUGAAAUCGGAAGUAGCCGAUCCCAGCUACUAAAUGAUGAAGACCGUCCAGAAGACUCAAGUAGCUAUUUGCAACUCAGUACGAGAUCCGUGAGCAGUGGCGAGAGCAGCAGUACCAGCAGUCUUGGCUUCGCAGACCUGGAAAUGCAUCCGGAAACCAGGGCACCUUCUCCAAGCAUUAAUGAAUUAGCCGAAGAAAAGGAGUACAUUAAGGAGCAGUUGGAAAAAGUAGAGGAUCGCACUCCCGGGAGGUCAGUGGGAAAGGCUGGUUGUUCCAAAACUCUCCUGGUGAUCAAUUUGGACCUGGAGCCCAAAUGCCCGGAUGCGGAACUUCGGACUGCUCUUCAGUGGAUAGCGGCUUCGGAACUUGGAAUCCCGACCAUCUACUUUCAGAAAUCUCCAGACGGCGGAAUGGAAAAGUUCCUAGAUGUCGUGCAGCUGGUUCAUCGGAAGUCCUGGAAAGUGGGUGACAUAUUCCGCUCCGUGGUCCAGUACUGCAAGUUGCAGGAGGAAAACCAAGCCCAGACCCCAAGUCUCUUCGACUGGCUCCUUGAACUGGGAUAAGACACCCCGCCGCUUACAGUCGUCUUUUCUUCCAGCUUCGGUUACGAUGGUUUGUGUAAUGCUAUAAAUUUUUGAAAACAUUACAUAACAUUAGCAGAACUAUAAGAAAUCUGCCAUUAAGUCCGUUCCACAGCUCUGCCCUGAGGAAAGCGAAAUCGCGGUGUUGAUUUCAUCAGAAACUAUGGGGAUGUUUGGAAAUAGCGUGGGAGAAAAAAAUAGAAGAGAGAAAUUCUUUGGGCUUGGGCAGGGAUGCUUGCGUGUGACUAGGCCCGGUACCAAGGAGACUGUGGGAACUCCCCUGUCCUAUAAUCAGCUACAUUACUAAGUGUCCCUGAUUGUGAGAAUCAUCGAAUCAACUAGAAAUUGAACAUCUUGGAUUAGAGAAUUUUGUAAACACCGAUACUCAUGUCUUUGAUCCUUUAAGAUUGUGAUUGUUGGGGUUCCGUGACUUUUUUUUUACCAGUAUUUGUUAAGGACUCACUGUGUGCCGGGCACCGUACUAAGCGCUGUGGUAGAUACAAGCUAAU